AAAAAAAAAGAAUUUGAAUUCAAUCUUCUUCUUCUUCUUCCACUUGAAACCCUAGAUGUAGAAAUCGAAACUCUGGAUCUUGAUUACCGUAUUCAUGUCCUUUGUGCUACUGGAUGCGAUUCUCUCAUAAGCCUAUAAGACGCACUUGCAUAGUGUUCAGUAAUGCUACUUUUGUUAUACACGGUAAAAAAUUGACAUACUUGAUUUAAAUAAUUUUGUCGUCAUUAAAACCCCGAGACAGUAAUCUUCAUGGCAACCAAGUGUUCUAUCGCUCCAGCCGUUGUAUGGAAUUGGGUCAUUGAAGCCCUAGCAAGUUCCGAACAAGCAGAUAUAUCUACUUUAAUCGGUCUCGUAAAAAUGGCUCCUGCUAUCUCAGGUGAUGCAGGGAAAGAUACACGAGAGAUCGUCUCUUUAAGAAUAUUGGAGAGCUUGUUUGAUAACGGUAAUGAAGCUACAGUGGAUGGUAAAACCCCUAAAAUAAGUUUCGAUCCUUCGGAACGCUGUGAAGACGUUCUUAAGAAGAUAUUACAUGAGACACCGGGGCCGAAUAAAUUGGAAAAAGAAAAAUGGGAAGUUGGGCCUUUCGUAAAGCAUAAACGGUCUUCCUUGCCUGAAUGCAUGUUGAAAAAGUUGAAGGAAGCGAUACUUAAUGAUAAUAAUCCGCUUCUUGCAUCACUAAAAGAAAAGAGUAACCUGGAAAUUCCAAACGCAUCGGAAGAUACAAAUCCGACUAACGAUGAACCGUUGAACUGUAGAAACGAUAAAAACGAAUUACAAGAAAACAUGUUGCAAGAUGGCAACAUGCCCCCCCAAGACAUAAAUACAGAGGGACGUAACGAAAGGGUAUCGGUUGAUAGCAUGGAAAAUUUGGAAUUUGUUGUUAGAUCUAAAGAUUCUGAAAAAAUUGUCCAACGAAAUAACGAAAGAGCCAAUGAUGACGAUGAUGAGAGAACUGACGUCGCUGCUAAAAAAGAUGCUUUUUUGAAGUCUCAAUGCACAGUUAGUCAGGAUUCGUUGACUUUGACCGAAUGGUCAGAGAUAGAUCGUUGUAUGAAGUGUAACGAAAGUGGUGAGUUGCUACUUUGUAGUUCCGCUUCCUGCCCGUUACGGUUCCAUGAAAGCUGUCUGGGCUCUGCUGUCACACUUGAAGAAAACGGGAAAUUUUUCUGCCCGUUUUGUGCUUAUUCGCGUGCAAUAUCGAAGUAUCAAGACGCCAAGAGAAACGCUUCACUGGCUAGAAAAAAUCUACAAGCUUUUUCUAGCUUCACAGUGAAACCGAAACCAAACAAAUCCUCUACAAAACAAAGCGGAUUAGCGGAAAAUGAAAAUAGACGAAUGGAAGCUAACGACGUUAAUUGUAUGUCGAACGAAAAAGAUUCUGCCCAACGUGAUCCGAUUAUACCAGAUGUUAACGAUGAGGAUGGCGCGUCUCUUGAGCAAACUACCGAGUUGCCUCAGAAUCCGAUACCAGAACCAACUACCCCGAAACAGAAACGCAAGGAAAAAGAAAGUCAAAGGUCAACUGAGUCUAGUUUGACUACAAGACUCCGCAAGAGGAAAGCGGAACACGCCCCUCCACUGCCGGUUCUAUUGGUAAGGCGAAAAAAGCUUCCUUGGACAAAAUCAGAGGAAGAAACACUAAAGGAAGGUGUUGAGAGAUAUUCAAGUGGUAAUAAUGCAAAAAUUCCAUGGAAAGAGAUUUUAGAUUUUGGACACAAUGUGUUCCACAAAGGGCGUACUGCUAUAGACUUGAAAGAUAAGUGGAGAAACAUGUGCAAAUGAAACCAAUAUAUAUGUAUAAUAAAUUUAUAUAUAUAUAUAUAUUCUUUUUCCUGUCUC